CAGAUACCACCGACGACCGACUGACUUAGUGACUCCGGUGGUAAUGUACGUGCAUUGAACCUCCAAGACGAAGUACAAGAUUAAGUUCAUUCUCACAAAACUAUAAUUAAUCCAAUAAAGUGAGAAUCUGCAGAGAUGACGUCGUUAAUGCAUUUGGUCGUGGAAAACUACAACGAGCUGCUAGAAUCCAAAAAGGAUCCAAUUGUGGAUUCGUGGCCGUUGAUGGGAAGUCCUGUUCCUGUGCUGAUUCUGCUCGGAGCUUACUUGUAUUUCGUGCUGAAAUUGGGGCCGGAAUGGAUGGCAAACAGGCAGGCCUUCGAGCUCAAGCACGUCCUCAUCGGCUACAAUUUAUACCAGAUGCUCUUCAGCUUGUGGCUUUGCUGUAAAGCGUUCGGUGUCAAAGAUGGACUUGAAUAUAUCUUUACAACGAGCUGCUCCGACCCGCACGCCUACAACCCACUCAGGAAUAUGGUCACAGAUGCAGCCUGGUGGUAUUUCCUGUCCAAGCUAGUCGAAUUAUUGGACACGGUCUUCUUUAUUUUGAGGAAAAAGCAAUCUCAAGUCACUUUCCUCCACGUCUACCAUCAUUCCAUCAUGAUGAUUUUCUCAUGGGCAUAUCUCAAAUUUUUACCAGGUGAACAAGGUGUUUUAAUUGGAUUCCUAAACUCUUGCGUGCACGUUAUCAUGUACUUCUACUAUCUGAUAGCAGCGAUGGGUCCGAGAUACCAGAAAUACUUGUGGUGGAAGAAGUACAUGACUUGGAUCCAAUUGGGACAAUUCUGCAUUAUGCUCGCAUAUCUCACAUUGAUCAUCGUCAUGGAUUGCCAACUACCGAAAGCCCUGACAUUCUUCUUCGUCGCAAACGUGGUCAUCUUCCUCUACCUCUUCGGAAACUUCUACAGAAAAGCCUACACGAAACCGGGCGUCGGAUCCAACCGCAGAAACGAAUUCCUCUCGGUCUGUAAACUAAACUGAAGAUAAUAUAGCAUAACGAAAUUUACCCAAAUCCGAUCAAAAAAAAAUAGAAAAAACGAAAAUUUCUCACAAAAAAAAUACACUGUUAAAGUUAACAGUAAAGCCAUUUGCUUGAUUAGGGUCGGAGCAUCACCAAUUUUUUUAUAUAACGCGAACAGAACUAUAUAAUAGAUUUUUUUAUUACAAAUAAUGU